UCCAUCUUAACCAUGUCCUUCUUCGGCCGGUUUCGGACUCCAGUCUACCAAAACACCGGCUCAACAGCUCGCGAUCACCUUGCGUCUGAACGAACAUAUCUCUCAUGGCUCCGCACCGGCCUCGGCUUCAUCGCUCUCGGGAUAGCGAUUGAGCGCUUCAACCAGCUUGAUCUCACAUCCCUCCUGUCCAACCCAGCCGCUGAAUCAAUCACACCUGCGCAUAGGAAUACAGCGCAGGAUGAGAAGCAGAAGGAGAAGGAGCACUUAUUGGUCGGCGCACUUCUCGGCACCGGUGGCGGGAGUAUCUGCUAUGGAACAACGCGUUACUUCUCUAACAUGCGCAUGCUAGAGAAGGGCUUGUUCAAGCCUGCCUACUUCGGCGCUGCAGCCUUAAGCAUUUGUGUCGCAGGGCUGGCGGGCGCUGUCUACGUUGAGGCACUGAGGGAGAAGAGGAAGCGAAAAUAGACUCCAGCCCGACAGAGGCGGGUUAUUCCUAGUCGGUAUGCCUACCUUCCAACACCUGCAUUUGGCGAUCUCAACACCCCAUGUAAAAAC